GCUUUCACUCUCGUUCUAGACAACUGUAUCAACUCAUACUUGACAUCAAAGUGCAUUUCCACAAUUGUCAUAUAACUAGAUGAAGAAUGAUCUGUUAUGUAUCACAAUGUCAGUGUAUAAUAAACUGUUUUGUUUUUCUUCUCUCCUCAUUGACAAAAUCGAAGGUUGGUCGAAGUUAACCAAUAGUUUUAGUGGACGUGGAGUCGCGGUGGUUUGUAUUGUUGGUUUUACAGUUAUCCGAAGUCUUAUUCAUAUUUUCCCCAGUUUCGACUCACUUUAAUUGCGUCGACUGGUUGUUUGUUCACUGUCUACUGUUAUCAACUUUUUCACUUCCUCUCCAUACUGCAUUCACAGUACCCAUCAGUUAUUAGGCUCAAUUUCUUCCUCUUCCUCCUGGAUUCGUGGUUGAUUCGAGUACUACUACUGAAAUUACAUUCAUCUUUGCAAUAUAAUUAGUACGUAUCUGCGGACUAAAAGCAAACCCACAAACGACUAGGCGUCAAAAUGUUACUUUUACUGGUUGUAUUACUUAAUAAUAUCAUAUGCCCAACAUUAGCUAUAUAUCCAGAUGAUGAUUGCAAUAAGUGCAAACAUGCUGCAAAAAGUUUUAUCUUAGGAUUUCACAAAUCAGCUGGCAAAAAUUUUGGAGGAGGGAAUUCUUUGUGGGAAGAAAAGCACUUAGGGAGCUAUUCUGUUAGCGAAGUGCGCUACCACGAUAUUGUUGAAGGGAUCUGUAGUGAUGUCAAGCAAGCAGUUAAAUGUCAUGAGUUUUUAGAAAGUAUUGAGCAUCAUUUAGAAGAUUGGUGGCUUAGGGAAUACAGGAUUGAUUCUAAUAAAGUAGAAAGGUUUGAGGAAGAUUUAUGCGUCACUCGGACCAAGUUUUGCUGUCCUGCCAACUCCUUUGGGAAUUCUUGUCUUCCAUGUCAUCCAUGUUACUUUUUUGGUGGCAGGUGUGAUGGUAAUGGGACACGUUCUGGAACAGGUAAUUGUAUUUGCAACGACGGAUAUACAGGAGAGUUAUGCGACAAGUGCACCUUUGAAACUCAUUUCCAGUCCCACAGUGACUUCCCAAUAUCAUGCACACGAUGUCAUUUGUCGUGCUCCGGUGGUUGUUCUGGUCCAUUUCCUGAAAACUGUUCUGCGUGUGCCGCUGGAUGGGUCAAAGUAGACUCCGGUGAUCAACGAGGAUGUGUUGAUAUAAAUGAAUGUAUUGAUAGUCCUUGCAACAGGUCUACACAUUUUUGCUUAAACAAACCUGGUUCUUACGAAUGUGUUCCCUGUCAUCCUGCUUGUAACAAAUGUUCUGGUUCGACUGCGAACGAUUGUGAAUCUUGUGCAAGCGGUUACCAAAGAGGAAACGGAGACGUAUGUGAAGAUAUAAACGAAUGUAAUGCUGACAGCAAUAUUUGUAAUAGCGAAGGAGAAAGUUGCACGAACACAGUUGGUAGUUUUAAAUGUGAUUGCAAGAGUGGAUAUAAGCGGACUAGUAGUGGGUGCGUGUUGGAUGUAAAGCCAAGGAAAGGUUCGCAAACAUCUGGUAAGUUUGAAUCACAGUCAACAGUUCAUAACAUUAACUCACGCAAUCGUAACACGCAAAGAAUAAUAUGGACUGUAACUUAUACGAAAGAAUUCCUCAAAUACUCUGCUUCUCUAGCUGCAUUUGGCACCUUUUGCUGGUUUGCUAAGGGACACCCUUUCGCAAUUCUGUUUGCGUCACUACUAAUCGGCUCAUUUGUGUAUUUUCAGAGCAUUAACUUUGAUUUCGUAUUUGCUAACCAGAAAUAGACACUAUUCCUUAUUAAAUUUUGUAAUUUUCCCCUACAGAAAAUAUGAGAACUAGAUGAGAUGUUAAUGAAGAUGAUACUGUGAAAACAGGGACACUAUUCUAACCAUUUUUUUGAAGAACUCUGACUUAAGAGUAAUAUCCCAUCUUUCCGUCCAAUACAAAUUUUAAGCAUGGCUACUAAAUGUAUCCACUUUAUAAACUUCGUGAAUUUCAUGUGUCUUUGAUAUUUUCUAUAUGCUCAAGUUUUUAUCAUGGUACCUCAGAUACGGUUUAAUGUUACCUUUUGUACACAAACUGUUCUGUAUUUUUAAAAUUCGUGUGUUUUGCUAGUCAUUCUCAAGAUAUUUUAAUCAGUCAACACUGAUAAAUUCCUUUACCUCAGAAUGUCUUUUUUCUUGCCUCUUUAAUGGAAGUUAUCACUGAAUCGGCCUGAAAGUUAUGUAGAAAUAGUGUUAAGAAUAUGUAGAGUGUCUCCGAUCGAAACACUGUGUGCCACUUACUAGCGUUCUUUGUUCUAGCUGUUCAAGUCUUAAUUCCGCUAUCUUUACUUGCUUUACAAUAGAUGUAUUUCUGGACUUCUUACAUGAGUGAUUACUGGGUUUCAUUUCGCUUGUUUAUUCCUUAGAAGAGUCAGUUACAAAAAAUGACUUGUCAAAAAUUUUUACUCCUGCCAUAAAGCCCACGUUGUUCGCUAUGCGAUUUCUGUUUAUAUCUUGAAUAUAUUAGUGUGUAAUAUCCAUUCAGGUACUGUUUAUCGUUACCUUAGUAGGGUUUUUUUCCAGUAUUGCGGUUUGCCUCGACCUUUAAGGGACAAGGUAAUACUUUAAGUUAUUUCUAAUGCUUCUUGGGUCCUUAUAACAAUGAGGGCUAAUAAAAAUAAGUUAUUUGUCUUCACUGUUUAGAAAUAGUCGUAUGUCAGAAUAAGU